AUGUAUCCAUAUAUUAAGGAACUUUAUAAGCUUCUCUAUCAGCAUGAAGAUUUCCAAAAGUAUCUGAUCGCUUGUCUUAUUGAGUCGACUAAUGCAAAUAUAGCUUAUGAUGAUAUAUGCUUGGAAUAUGUAAAUGCUUGCAUUAUAGAUGAUACGGAGCUCAAGGAGCUUACCUAUCAAACUUUAUAUACGAUUUUUGAAUAUUUUUGCAAAGAUGCUGGUAAUUUUUGUAAUGCGGCGCGUUAUAAAAAUAUUCUGGAAGUCUUUGCCAGUCUCGUUCAUGUAACGUGCUCUGCGGAAUUAUCAAAUUACUUUUGCUAUGGAGUGUUUGCAGAUGAUAUCAUAAGGUCACAAAUGUCCGCAGAUGUGCUUAUGCUGAGUUACCGUCUGGAAGAGCAGCAAUGCGGCUGGAAUGAAAAUGUUUUAACAGAUGUCAUCAAAUAUUGGAUCAAGUGCCAUAAUUCUUAUGCCGUCUUCUCGCAGAAUCCAAGCCAAUUGCACGUAGAACGCAUGGUUAAAUAUUUUUAUAAUUUUAAAAAAGUACAUGAACCACCUGUAGUUAAUUUACAAAACUAUCGCUAUAUUAGCUGUGUAUUCGCUAACAGAACUGACAAACAGAAUUUGUGGAUGAUGAGACUGCAACGUAUGCUUCAGAGUCCACUGAAUGAUAUUGAACAGUAUUACGAAAUUCUGGCUUUAACAUCGUUGGUGUCGACCAAGUCAAAAUCUUGGUUGCUCGAAUUGCCAAGUGGCUUAAAGGAGCUACUAGUUAAAGGCACCUAUGAACGCUUGAAUAACGUGUUUUUUAAAGUGGCGCUUAAUGCCGAUUCAGAUUCAAGACUCCUCAUCCUAGAAACACUAACUAAGGCACAAUCUGUUGCCAUUAGAUCCUGGCAUAUAACAGGCAACAACCUCAUCUUUGCACAGAGUUAA